UGUGCGGUAUUUUACUUGGUUGUUCCGUUCUUCUAAACCUCAAGGGCCAUGUCCGGGCACUAUGAUGAUGAAGACGAUUGGUUCGACAAGGACGAAGAUGAUUUUGUUGUCAAGAAAGCGGACGAACCCGAACGCCCGGAGAGUGCCGCCGACUCAGCCGGCUGCUCUGCUACGAUAACGGAAUUGCUAGAUAACUUGAAAUGUUUCUCCGCAGAUUAUGAUGGAAAUUAUGUUGAUCCGAGCAAAAAUGAUGCUGCAAGAGGGGAUCCGAAAUUCAACCUACACCGGAGCGCACCCGGCAAAUACGUUCAAACCAUCCCGUACACCAAGCUUGUGCACAUUGUAGACAGCGAUUCACUCACAGUACUCGCCGAGGUUUGUCUGCAAUCAAACGAAUUUAAGGCCACACUGCAGAAGAGAACGUAUGGACCGGAACUGAUGCUAGUUCUCAUGCGAAUAAUGAUCAAACUUACUACGAUCCCACUGCACGAAACUGUACGACAGUAUUGCGGCAUUUUGCUAGCACAAGAUCACUUCUGGGAGCAGCUUACUAAGUUCUUCGAUCAUCCUUCAGAGAAUGAAAAGAAAAAGAAACGCAAGAAGAACAUCAUCGUUCGUCCAGCGAUCGGUCAAACGGAGAUGGUUGAGGUGUUGAUUAAGCUUUUGACCCAAGUCAAACUGUACCAUCCCCUCAACAAUGCGGUCACUGUACUAUGCAAGAAUCUUCACAAAAAUGCGAUGGACAUCGAUACGACUCUACGAGAUAGGCUUGCACUCAUAACAGCCACUGGGGAUGACGAGUGGCAAGAAAAGAUGACCAUUUAUCCUUCUAUCCGAGAAUUGAAUGAAAUAGAAGGUCCUCCACAAGAUCUGAAGCGCAAUAUCGUCAAAGGACGGUUCGAAAGUGUGCAACACUAUCUGGAAGUACACUUGAACCUGCUGAAGGAGGAUUUCAUGAUACCUUUGCGUACCAGUUUGCAUCAAUAUCGGCUUCAUGUGAGCACGCAUGGAGCCGAUAAACCAUUUAUGAACGAAAACGUACGCAUUCACCAUCCGGUAGUGCUGCUGCUUCCCGCCCAAAUUAGCCGACGUUCACAGAAGGAGCAGCUGAUUGUCGUUGACCUGGAUCCAACCGGACGAGGUUUCUCAAACCUGUCGCCCCGUUACAAUCAGCUUGAUCUGCCCGCUACAAAGCGAUUCAUGCACGGUUCGCUCCUUCUCUUCAGCAGUGGACCAACAUUGGACGAUCUCAUCGUAGCGAUCGUCAGCCAUCGUGACAGUGACGAUCUGAAAAAUGGGUUCAUCUACGUGGAGAUUAUUCGUUUUGAGCAACAGAAUCCAGAGCCAUAUGAAGGCUAUGACAUUUUCAAUCGGCCACUGCUAAUGGUGGAAAGUGAGAUCUUUUUCGAGCCCUAUCAUCAAGUGUUUAACGCCUUAGUGCGACUACGAGCGUCUAGCUUCCCGCUGAAAUCCUACAUCGUCGAUGUGGAGCAACCUAGCAUGCCAGUUCCUGAGUAUGCACUCGAACGCCCCUUCCGGUAUGCUGAUAUUGAGUUUGAUCUGAAGAAGCCCUACGGCUGGCCAGCUGAGGCACUUUGUGAGGCCCUCGGUUUGAACCGUUCACAGUACGAGGCCUAUCGGCUAGCAUUAAGUAACCGAUUUGCGCUGAUCCAGGGUCCCCCAGGUACGGGUAAGACGUUUAUCGGGUUGAAGAUCGUCGAAACGCUGUUGACGAACACCGAUCGACAGAUACUGCUAGUCUGUGUUACGAACCAUGCGCUCGAUCAGUUUCUUGCUGGCGUCACGCGUUAUACGGACAGUAUCGUUCGGAUGGGUAAUCAAUCAAAGCAUCCACUGCUGGAUGUGUACAACAUAAAGCAGCUUAACGAAGAACAGCCGAUGGACAAGUGGGUUCGCACUGCUUACUAUAACACUAAACAAGAGUAUUUGGCGUUGCUUGAACAGUUUGAGGAACUUCAACGGAGUCACGAUAUAUCACAGGAGCUGCGUCAAUCGAUGGUUCAGUGUAUGGAUAAGUUGCAGAAGGCAUCGCGGAGAUUGAACGAGCUUAGCCAAGUGAGCAGCCUGAAAGCAAUUCGAAACGUGCGCGUCAUUGCUAUGACAACGACAUUCGCUGCUCGCAAUCGAGUGCUCCUAGAAUUGUUGGGAACACCGAUCGUGAUAAUUGAGGAAGCGGCUGAAGUUUUGGAAGCACACAUCGUCGCUUCGCUAACGGUCCGCACCCAGCACUGCAUCCUAAUCGGAGAUCACAAACAGCUACGUCCGACUACAAGUACCUAUGUGCUCUCAACACGCUACAAGCUCGAUCUAUCUCUUUUCGAGCGAAUGAUCAACAACAAUUUCAGUGUAGCAACGAUGGCGGUUCAGCACCGUAUGCGCCCGGAAAUAGCCAAUCUUCUGAGACCCACCAUCUACCGGGUUCUGCAUGACGCGGAAUCCGUAAGCAAGUAUCCAUCCAUCGCUGGAAUGCAGCAUAAUUUGUUCUUUCUGGUGCACAACUACCCGGAAGGAGGUAUCCGCUUGCGAGGUGAGAAAUCGUCGGCCGAGGAUGAGCAGCAUGACGAGAAAUCGAAACGCAACCAUUUCGAGUGCAAGUUUGUGUUAGCUCUGUGCGAGUACCUGCUCGCCCAAGGGCCUUACACACCAGACGAUAUCACAAUUUUAACUGCCUACAAUGGUCAAUUGAUGCAAUUUUUAUCGGAACGCAAAACCCGUCCAGCUCUGCAGCGUGUACGUAUAGCGGUAAUCGAUAGCUUCCAGGGUGAGGAAAGUAAAAUCGUGUUGCUGUCGUUGGUGCGCAGUGCCAGCACCAAUGCAACCGGUGGUGAUACGAUCGGGUUUCUUGCGCACGAAAAUCGUAUCUGCGUAGCACUAUCCAGGGCAAGAGAAGGUCUCUACAUUGUCGGUAAUAUGGACCUGUUGACAAGAUGUUCCAAAAAGUGGACCCAAAUCGAGAGAACCCUGAAAGAGCAAGCGGCAAUCGGGGAGUCGAUUGGCUUGCGCUGCCAACAGCAUGGAACGAUCGUAGAGGUGAAGAGCCCGGAAGUACUUGAACAGUUUAAUCGUGGUAAUAAAUGUGUUUGCUGUUUGUCGGUUGAUCAAUCGUGACAACAUACACCCAGUAA